AUGAAGGACGGCAAACCUUGUCGCGUUUGUACUGAUUUCAAAACAUGGUCCAAGAUCGAAAAACAGAAUUCAAAGCAGCCAGCCCAUAGUGCUUCUACGUCAAAUUCUACUGAAGAACAGACAUCAAAAAUGCCAGAAGAAGAGUGGCGAAAAAAGAACUGUCCGGCUGACGUAGAAACACUUGGCAACGCGACUUGGACACUGUUACAUACAAUGGCAGCAUAUUAUCCAGAGCGGCCAGCACCCUCACAGAUGGAGAGCAUGAAAUCAUUUAUUUCUUCGUUUUCGGAGCACUAUCCAUGCUGGUUUUGCAAAGAUGAUUUCAAGAAAGCUGUUGAAAGGGAGCCAGUACAAGUAGGAAGUCGUAAAAAGCUGAGCGAAUGGCUGUGUCGUCGUCACAACGAAGUGAAUGAGAAACUGGGAAAAGAACAGUUUGACUGUACAAAAGUAUUUGAACGAUGGCUGAACGGACCUCCGGAUGGCCGAUGCGACUAA